GGAGACGAACUCCAACCUGGUUCGACCGCACCGAGAUGCGGACACGCAGUCGCCCACGCGCCCCCACCGGUUCGCACCGCCCCACGCCUACGCGCGCACGGGGGCUCGCCCCCGGCCCUCGCAGACAACUGGCUCCCACCAGACCCUGGCCCCACAAUACAGUGAGAUAAACCGUCGUGAGUGGGAUUCGUUUGGUGCGCGUAGCGCGGGGGCAGUAGCCACGAGCUUGAGCGCUAUAAAUUCAGCCCCACCCCUGGCCUCCUGCCCUCACACCCACCCUUCCUCCUCCUCCCUCCUCUCUUUCUCUCACCAAGUCGUUCGUCACGCAGAGGACCGGACGCUCGUGAGAGGCGAGACGAGCAAUCGAAAGCCGGAAGGAAGCCUAACCUCUCUUCCAAAGCCAAACCGAAAAGGGAAAAAAAGUAUUGUCGAAGAGAAAAGGAAAAAAAUAAUAAAGGAACACAAGCAGCCCACCGGCGCAUCACAGGGGAAGCAAACAGGGGAGAACCCUAGUCAACAGACGCCGCCGCCCUCCCUGGCUGGAUCUGGCCGCCGUCUCCUCCGCCGCCCGACGAUCGCCUGAUGCUUGUCCCGACAGAAAGGCAACAAUAACUUCCCUCCAUUGGGUGCCUUAAUAUUCCCGGAAAUUGCUACUGGUUCCACUAGUUGAAAGAUUCAAUCUAUAUGCAUCUACACAUGACAUGGGUUCUCGAGGAAGGAUGUUAUUUGACCUUAACGAACUCCCAGCAGAAGUUGAAGAAGCAGCAGCUGCUGUCGUGCCAAAAGAAUCUGCUGCUGUUGUGCCAAAAGAAUCUGCUGCUGUCGUACCACAAGAAGCUGUUGUUGUGGCGUUACAAGAAGCUGCUGUUGUCGUGUCACAACCUCAGAAAUCCCUUCGUGUUCCGACGACAUAUGCCCCAACCUUGUUUCAGCGAGGGGAAGGAUCACAGUCGCAGGGGAUAUUGAACAAUAAUGCCUUUAAGCAUGCAUCCAUUGGUUCUGGAUUUCAGCCUUUUGUGAGGAACAGCAAAGAUUCAAACAAUACAAAGGAGCCGAUGAAGGUGGAAGAUAAUCAUAAUUCUAGUAUAGCAUCACUGUCCAUGGUAAACAAUCAGAUCACCGACAGUGCUGCUUCAAAGGUUGAGACUUGCAAUAAGGUGUCACAAGCCAUUGAAAGAGAAGAAGGAGAAUGGUCUGAUGCAGAUGGCAUUUCUGAAAAUGCAGGGAGUAGCAACAAAGAUGAGUUCACUGGUACCGCAAGCACUAAUUUGAAGAAAGAAUCCCAAGAGAGCGAGCCCCAUCUUAUUAAAUCUGGUGAUGUGACUAAAGAUGAUACUGCUGCGGAAUGUAGUGAUGCUGAAAAGGUUGAUGCAUCUGAAGAUCGGGUUCACGGGUCCACAGGAUCAGAUAACAUGCAAAAUUCUGAAUGUAAAGGAAAUCAGCCUGGUGAUGAUCUAGAUCUUUGCAACAGGUCAAGGGAUGUUAAAGGAGUCGAAGCCAAUUAUGCUUUGAGGUUUGCGAGCAACCCCGCAAAGAGGCCCAAGUUAAAUGAACACAAAGAGGCCAUGUUAGGCAAAAAACGAGCUAGGCAAACUGUCUUCAUCAAUGUAGAGGAUGCGAAACAAGCUGGUACAAUGAAGACAUCAACACCCAGGAGGCAGUCAUCUUUUCCAGCACCGAUUGUUACACGUACAGUGAAGGAAGCUUCUCGUGGUGCUGGUGAAAAGGCUGCAGAAAAACAAAGUCAGCAAGCAAUCAGGGAUCAGAGACAACCUGAAAUGAUGGGAUCAGAGCGAAGCAAUUCUGCAGAUCCUAGUGACCAAUACACUGAAUCCAAUGGUGAUGCUGAGUUGGGUACCCAGGGCCGGUCAAAGAAAAUGAAUGCAGAAGAUCCAGCCUCAGAUGGGUAUCAGCAGCCUGUCCAAAGACAAGCUUCAUUCAAGCAAUCCAUGGACUUGAAGCAACCAAAAAGCCGAUCAUUCUCUUCCCAAAGAACAUUUCUAACAGGAACAAACAAUGCUGAUCAGAAGCCAGCCAGCAAAAGGUCUAUUAUUUCCAAAAAGCAAACUUUUGUAAACAAUGUACAGGAUUCAUCUGUUGAGCGACUUAUAAGGGAGGUGACAAACGAUAAGUUCUGGCACAAUCCAGAGGAGGCAGAACUUGAGUGUGUUCCUGGAAGCUUUGAAUCUGCUGAGGAGUACAUUAGAGUUUUUGAGCCUUUGCUUUUUGAGGAAUGCAGAGCUCAGCUUUAUAGUUCGUAUGAGGAGAGUCUUGAGGCUGUGGGAAGGGAUGCACAUGUAGCGGUCCGAGUAAAAACUGUCGAUAGACGUGAAAGAGGAUGGUACGAUGUUGUCGUUCUACCGAUCCAUGAACAAAAAUGGAAUUUCAAAGAAGGCGAUGUUGCUAUUCUAUCGUUUCCACGGCCUGGUUCAGCUGCACAAUCAGGCCGAUCUAGUAGGAGAGCUAUGGGUUCAAAUGAGGAUGCUGUAUCAGAAUGUGGCCGGCUUGUUGGUACUGUUAGGCGCCACAUGCCUAUUGAUACACGUGAUCCUAUUGGAGCUAUUAUCCAUUUUUAUCUUGGUGAUUCAUUUGAUUCUAACAGUGAGGCUAAUGUUCUGAAUAAACUCCAACCUCGGAGUACCUGGUAUCUAACUGGACUUGGUUCUCUUGCAACAACACAACGAGAAUAUGUUGCUUUACACGCUUUCCGCCGUCUUAGUGUGCAGAUGCAAAAUGCAAUACUUCAACCAAGUCCAGAGCAUUUCCCGAAGUAUCAAGAGCAACCACCAGUCAUGCCAGACUGCUUCACCCCAAAUUUCGCUGACCAUCUCCAUCGUAGCUUCAAUGGUCCUCAAUUGUCGGCAAUUCAUUGGGCUGCAACACAUACAGCUGCUGGCACAAACAAUGGUGUCCUAAAGAAACAAGAACCAUGGCCUUUCACGUUGGUACAAGGUCCUCCUGGGACAGGGAAAACUCAUACUGUGUGGGGGAUGCUAAAUGUUAUCCAUCUUGUUCAGUAUCAACAUUACUAUGCUGCUUUGCUUAAGAAGCUUGCUCCUGAAAGUUACAAGCAAGUUAGUGGUAGCACUAGUACCAGCUCAGAGACUGUUGCAGCAGGGUCAAUUGAUGAACUAUUGCAGAGCAUGGACCAGAAUCUAUUUCGCACUCUUCCCAAGCUUUGCCCUAAGCCUCGGAUGCUUGUAUGUGCCCCAUCAAAUGCUGCAACAGAUGAGCUUCUUGCUCGUGUUCUUGACCGUGGUUUUAUAGAUGGUGAAAUGAAGGUAUACCGCCCUGAUGUUGCUCGUGUUGGAGUUGAUUCACAGUCUCGAGCUGCACAGGCUGUUUCAGUUGAAAGAAGGACAGAUCAGCUUUUAAUGAAGGGCCGUGAAGAAGUAAUUGGGUGGCUACAUCAGCUAAAAGCCCGUGAGCAGCAGCUAUCACAGGAGAUUGCCUAUCUUCAAAGGGAACUCAAUAUAGUUGCAGCGGCUGGUAGAUCCCAGGGUUCAGUAGGGGUAGAUCCUGAUGUUCUUGCUCAAAGGGAUCGUAACCGUGAUAUUCUGCUUCAGAAACUUGCUGCGUCAGUUGAAAGCAGGGAUAAAGUAUUGGUGGAGAUGUCACGGCUGCUGAUAUUAGAAAGCAGGUUCGGUCUUGGCAGCAACUUCAAUAUGGAAGAUGCUAGGGCUAGUCUGGAAGCCAGUUUUGCCAAUGAAGCUGAGAUUGUUUUUACAACUGUGUCAAGUAGCGGGCGUAAGUUAUUUUCCCGCCUGACUCAUGGCUUUGAUAUGGUUGUUAUUGAUGAGGCUGCUCAGGCUAGCGAAGUAGGAGUCCUUCCUCCAUUGGCUCUUGGUGCAGCUAGAUGUGUCCUGGUUGGUGAUCCACAGCAACUCCCUGCUACUGUUAUUAGCAAAGCAGCUGGAACUUUGCUUUACAGUAGGAGUCUAUUCGAGAGGUUUCAGCAGGCUGGUUGUCCUACCAUUUUAUUGUCAGUGCAAUACAGGAUGCAUCCCCAGAUCCGUGAAUUUCCAUCAAAAUACUUUUAUCAAGGCCGUCUUACAGAUAGUGAGAGUGUUGUUAAAUUACCUGAUGAAGCCUAUUACAGAGAUGCACUUAUGGCACCUUAUAUCUUCUACGACUUGUCACAUGGCCGUGAGUCUCAUAGGGGUGGGUCAUCUUCAUAUCAGAAUAUUCAUGAAGCGCAGUUUGCAUUGCGUUUGUAUGAGCACCUUCAGAAGUUCUUGAAAGCUAACGGUGCCAAGAAGGUUUCUGUUGGUAUAAUCACACCAUAUAAGUUGCAGUUGAAGUGCCUUCAGCGGGAAUUUAAGGAUGUUAUGAAUACUGAGGAAGGGAAGGAUAUCUACAUAAAUACAGUUGAUGCUUUCCAAGGACAGGAGCGUGACAUAAUUAUUAUGUCAUGUGUCCGUGCAUCAAACCAUGGUGUGGGUUUCGUUGCUGAUAUACGGCGUAUGAAUGUAGCUCUAACUAGAGCUAGGAGAGCUUUAUGGGUUGUUGGUAAUGCUAAUGCUCUCAUGCAGUCUGAGGACUGGGCAUCGCUAAUAGCGGAUGCGAAGGCCAGGAAAUGUUUUAUGGACCUGGAUUGCAUUCCCAAGGACUUCUUACCAAUGAAGGUUCCAUCUAAUACUCCAGGUAGGAAUUCUUCCAACAACAUCCGGAACAUGAGGACUGGUGGUGGACCUAGACCAAGACACUUGGACAUGUUCUCAGAACCGAGAACUGGUAUGAACAUGAGGCCCGAUGAAGAUGAGCGUCUGAAUUCUGUUCCAAGAAAUGGUAGUUACAGGAAUUUGGAUGAUUUUGUCCGACCUGGUGAUCGUCCCAGGGAUAAUCUGCAGUUUGGAGUUCCCAGGAGGCCAAAUUCUUCUAAUGGCAGGAGAGAAGUGUAAGGAGUGUGUUGCUAUCUACAACUCUGGUACAGCAUGGAACAAUGGUGAAGAGCUCUGGGACGGUCCAGAUUCAGCAAGGUGCAGAUUCAUGUUCAGAAGAUUAGUUGCCUCUGCAUUAGAUCCCUUGCACCAUGUGGUGGGGCUGGUCACAAGAAAGCAUUGCUAUCAGCAGAGGAUGUGCGAAUCUACCAUGAUGUGACCUCCAGUCAGUGGAUCAAGACGCUUUCAUGGUGGGUGAUUAUAGGCUCAUGAUGUCAGGUUGAAGAAAGGCUGCUGUAGCCCUCAGUGUUAUGGAGUUCGCAGGAGUUUCUUUCUCAGAACAAGGCUGUCUGAUGUGUUUUGACAUUGCUAUCCUUGCUUUAGCCAGCUCCAUCUUUCGGUAGAUACAUACAUGCAUGGGCAUAUCCAUUUUGAAACAUGCCAGGAGAAAGCUCACUGGCUCUAGAGCAGGGUAGGUCUCAAGCGUUGUUGCCUGAUUGCUGCUGCGAUCGUUGCAUGCUUGACAUGUCUAGUAGGAUCAGUAUGCUAACAUAGGCAGGGCUUCUGUACCAUAUGACAUAAGUUCCUUCUGUAUACAGGGUCGAGAUCUAGAGAAAAGAAGUUCAUUAUUUCAUUCAGCUCAUGUUGUUACCCUUUGUUCUUGUCAACAUGUUCUGUGCAUAUUGUUGAAAGAUGUUACCAUGUUUGCAGUAGUGAUAUUUAUUUUCCUGAUUAUCAGUGGCAUGAGUCUGUGCUUGUAUGUUAAUCUAUGGAUUAGUUUUGGCACUCGGUGACAGUGUCCUGCUGAUGUUUGAUACAUCAUAUUUAAUGAACUCAGUUUUUCUGCAACUGAUCUACUUUUUCUGAUACUUGCAUGUCGAAGCUAACAGAAAUACUUUAGGAGUACAGGCACCCUGAAAUCUGAAGUGCGCCUUGGAUCAUCUCUACUUUGGCGCUGGUGGUUUUGUGGAUGUCCUCUCAGUGCCACUCCCAGAAUACCAGGCCAGUUGAAGUCCUCAAGCUUCUGCUUGGAUUCUAGUGUCACUCUCAACUCUUGUUAUCUUUUGAGAAGAGAUCCCCUGGGCCCAUGACGAACUCCAGGAAUGCAUGGUUGCCUGCAUGAUAGAUGUAGAGAUGGCGGUCAUAUAGUUAAAUUACACGUUCUGCCGUAUGUAUAUGAUUUUAUUGGAGCUAAUGGAUUUUUUAUCUGCUUUGUUUGGAGAAAAACAUAGUUUGCAUCUAUCUCUACACGACUUGCUUUUGUACCGGAGGCACGCAGCAGCAGGGUUGUAUAUGUCCAACCUCUGAUGGGUCUGCGGUCUGCCGUUGAAAGAGGGGCUUUGGAGAUCUGAAGGUAUUCCACGCCAGGUGCUCCUGUAAUGUGCUGGACUUCUGUUCUGCCACUUUGGUUACGCAGAGCUGAUCCAUUACAAAUGGUACUUGUGAUGCUUUGUUGUUA